AGCAGCGACAUCUUGGAUUUGCAAUCAGACGUAAUGUCAGCUGUGAAGUAGCGAUGGGUGUGUGUGUACGUCAUAGUCUAUUGACAACGCGACCCCGCAUCGUUCGUUAAAAUACGACACGAACGUACCUACAUAAACAGAUUGUAGCGAAAAAAAUAGUUAAAUUUAUCGUAAUUUUUUUCCUCCAAAUUCACUCCCCUCCGUGUCAAAUAUUUCGUAAAAAGUAUCUAAAUAUCGUAAAGUAAAAAGUAUCGAAAACAGAUAAAGAAACACUUCAUUCAUCAAAAUGGUUCAACAUUAUCAAUCUCCAGUCCGAGUUUACAAACAUCCAUUCGCACUUGUCAUGCUGGCAUACGAAAAACGAUUUCCAACAUGUCCUCAAAUACCAGUUUUUGUUGGAUGCGAGGUAACAAUGGAUGAAGAGAGCAAUGGAGGGGCGAUAAGGAAGACUGAACGACGUUGUAAACUGAAUGUAGAGGCGCCUUAUAUUCUGAAAAAAAUAAUCGGCGUCGACUUUGUCUACUUCAUCCAGCGAAAUGUUCUUGAUAGACGCAAUAGCAUUUUGGAAAUUGAAGCGUGUAACGAAAGCUUCUCCAACAGAGUAGCCGUUGUAGAAAAAUGUAGAUAUUAUAUUCACCCAGAAAAUUCAAGUUGGACAUGUUUCGAACAAACGGCUAGUUUGGAUAUAAAAAAUUUCUUUGGAUUUGAAAACUCGAUGGAAAAGCUAGCCAUGAAGCAAUAUGCCCAAAAUAUUGCCAAGGGAAAAGAAAUAAUUGAAUAUUUCAUAAACGAAUUGAAAGAAGAAGGCAUAACAUACGUAGAACCCUGGACUGAUCCUUUGCCAAAGAAAGACAUUGAAGUCGAUAUUCCCGUCAAAGGCGAAGGAGAAGUUGUAGGUAGUAAAGAAUCCAACGAUUCUGAGGCGAAGCUUCCAAGCAGCCGAGACAUGCAACUUUCAUCGGAUUACAUCGCAAGAUAUCUAGGAAAGUUAAAUAUGAUGCAAGAGAGUAGAUUGGUACAAUUGCGUCAUAGUAUAGAAGAAUUACGCGGCAGUUCAGUUCCGGGAGAUGCUACGUUGCUAAGAUUUUUACGAGCUCGAGAAUUUUCAGUCGAAAAAGCCAGAGAAAUGCUAACGCAGUCUUUACACUGGAGAAAGAAGCAUCAAGUUGAUAAGCUUCUGGAUGAUUACGAAGCCCCGCAAGUGGUUAAAGAUUACUUUCCCGGAGGUUGGCAUCACUUUGACAAAGACGGUCGCCCGCUUUACGUUCUACGAUUGGGACAAAUGGAUGUUAAAGGUUUGCUGAAAUCAAUCGGGGAAGACGAAGUCUUGUUACUGGCUUUGCAUGUCUGCGAAGAGGGUCUGCAGCUAAUGGAUGAAGCAACAACAAUUUGGGGCUAUCCUGUGUCUCAGUGGACGCUACUCAUAGAUUUAGAAGGUCUAAAUAUGCGUCAUUUGUGGAGACCUGGUAUUAAGGCAUUAUUGCGAAUAAUUGAAAUUGUCGAGGCCAAUUAUCCUGAGACAAUGGGUCGUGUAUUGAUUAUACGAGCACCUAGAUGUUUCCCGAUAUUAUGGACACUUAUCAGCACCUUUAUACACGAAAAUACGAGAAACAAGUUUGUAUUCUCUUGCGGCACCGAUUAUCAAGAGCAAGGAGCCGGAGGUCUGACCGAUUACAUCGGUCAGGAUGUGAUACCGGAUUUCUUAGGUGGUCCAUCUGAGACAUUCAUAGUAGACGGAGGCGUCGUGCCCAAACAGUUGUACCGACUCGAUCUGGAGGUCGGUGCCUCAACGGAACACGAGCACAGCUUGUAUCAAUCUAUAAGUCUCAGUCGUGGUCAGGUCCACAAUGUCGUUAUACAUUGCAACGAUCCAGGAGCCGUUUUGACGUGGGAUUUCGACGUCAUGAGGCACAACGUGACGUUUACCGUACUGCGUAAAACAAGAAACAGUAUAUGCGACGACGCGGGUGGCCCCAGUCGCUCAUCUUUCACUAACGGUGAACUCGACGCUGCAGCAACGAAAGAAUGGAAGGAGGGAAUUGAUUGCGUAAAAGUUGAACCUGGUGUAUUGUGUCAUGACGGGGAAAGUAUUCAGGGUACCCACAUAAUGCAAGUAGCUGGAAGUUACAUCUUACAAUGGCAGUACCAAGAAGAUCAAACCGAACGACUACCAGCAAUUACAUCUCACAAGGCCCAGCUUAUGUAUUUCUACGAAACUCUGCCGUCGGCUCAGUACAGAGGUUCGAUGAUGAGUUUACAGUCGGCAAUCAGCGGAAAGUCCAUCGCUAGUUCAUCUUUGUCCAGAUGAGAGACAAUAAUAGCAGAAGAUUGUAGCCACGUACCACUUGACGAUGACGCCUGAACAAUCCGAUGUAAACUACUCAACAGGUUAAAGUCGACUAGCAGAAUUAAUCGCUACAUCGAUUCACCUUAGAACAAUAUAUGGAAACAGUGACGCUACUGAUUAAAUUUCAAUUUUUUUCUUGCAACAAAUUGGGAAAUACGUACGAUACACUAAGAACAAAGGAUAUUACUAGUGAAAAUACGAUUUACAACUCUAGAUCAUUGCAUAAUAUUUUGUAAACUUUUUGCUUUUCUGUUAUAUUUUUUUACUUUCAUUUACUACAUAAUAUUAUCAGGAGAAACAGAAUUUUUUCGAAGAAAUUUUAGACUUGUUUGGCGUCAGAAGUAAUUGGACAGACUAAACUGCAGCUAGCUAAAUUAAUCGAGUAUAGUACAUAUAUUCAAAUAUCUAAUCAUCAAUUCGGAGAAAUGUUUUAUUUUAUUUUUUCUCCAGUUUUGGAGAGUUUAAAGUUUAAAACGAGGAAUAACUCGGUGAUAUGAAUAAUAUCUAAAUAAAUAUUUUAAAUCCAGUAAUAUGAAAUCGAUUUCACCGUAAUGAAAUUUACAUCACAUACGUAACACACGACGAAACCUGGUCGGAACCUCAAGAAAUUAUUUACACUUCCCCACGUUGCAACUAAAGUUUAAUUUGUAUGUAAAUAUACACAGACUUGCUAUGAUCAAUUAAUAUCGAAGCAAUAUUAUAGAAUAAUGAUAAAAUAGAGACCUACGUUUGAGCCAAUAAUAAAUACUGGACUAUAAGUUAAACAAACAUAACGUCCUAUAAAUGAUACGGGUGAAUUGAUAUAAUUAUUCAGUAUCAAGCAAUAAUGGAGUAACAAAGAUGAGGAGAAAGAAAAAAAAAAAAAAGUAGUAAAUACCGAAGAACCGUAUACAAUAAAUGUUUCACGUACCUCGCAAUAGUCAAGAUAUGAACAAACUCGAUGUAAAACAAGAUUUCACAAAAAUGCAACACAUGUACAAAGAGGAAGAAACAAAUAACCCAAAAAAAAAAGAAAGAAAGAAAGAAAACGAUUUACAAUUUUGCAUCAAAAUAAUUAUCGAAUUUCAUGUGCAACAUACAUGCUAUUAAACAAUCAAUUGACAACUGAUCAGAAUAAUCGAAGAUAUGUUAAAAAAAAAAAUUUAGCUUAGGAAUUGACACGAAUUUUGUAAUGAAUAAUUUCAGUUAAACAAUUAAUUUCGAGAGGAUAACAAUGUAAAAGCAUGAAUUCUGUUUUGGAAUAAAUUUUGGUAGGAACCUAUGGCCCUCCCGCCCCGUCCAGACGUUAUAAUUACACGAUAAGAUUGAUGUCGGUGUUAUAAUACGAAAUAAUAGCAUUUAAAUGUGGGAAAGUCCUGUAAUUAUAAUAUUAUCAUUUUUUUUUUAAUUAUUUCAGAAACAUUUAUUAACGGUGCCGGUGUAGAAAAAACCGCGCCAAGUAAACAUAGAAAUGCAUCGCUUGGCGUUGAAAUUUGUAGAUUAUUAAAAUUAGUUCGCUUUUAAGAAUAUUUUUUUUUUAUUGCAAUCGUUAAAUAGCGUGAAUUUUUAUCCUUUCUAAUAACUUUAAUACUCUUUGAUAUAAGGCAUAUUGAAUUGAAUUAACCUUUUACCAAUUAGACGGUCGUUUAAUAAGAGCUGAAUAUAAACGUUAGCAACGUGCAAAAUAUUUGAUUUUAGAAUCUCAUAUUCGUCAUGAGCGUAAAGUUUAUACGUAAACUAGUAUAGACGUACAGUAAUAUUGCUUACGUCUUACUGCCCUGAUAAGUAAAAUUCAAUAGCUGCUAGGAUGUUUGAAUACAGAGAAAAGAUUUCAAGUAUUUGCUCUUUACGAUUAAUCACAUUUUUUAUAAGUAUAUCAGAUGACCAAUCGAACAGGUGCUCUGUAUUACUGAGAAUUAGCUUAUGCAGCACCGGUCGAUCUUUAAGAUGUAGAAUAGUGAAUUUGUGAAUAGUAAAAGAUAGAUUGUUACAACGAUAAUAACUGAUAAUCACGUCGGUUGUUAGUCAUAAAUCAAAGCUGAGAAGUACAAUACUGAAAACUAACCAUCUCAUGCAUGUUAGUCAGGGUAGAUUAAUUGAUUAGUGUUUAAAUUAAAGAAAAAAAUAUAUAUAUAUGUAGAUAUGUAAAC